UUUCCAAAAAUGUUUAGUCAAUUAAUUUGUGAGAAUAAAGAUUUUUUACGCUCUUUAGCGCUUACAAAAUCCGAAAGGAGAUAUAAAAAACUUUUAAGGAAGGCUGAUACUAGUCAGUUGUUAUCCAUUGUUGAAAUUUGUUUGAAUAUUGUAAAAUCGCGUUUUAAUCUUAACACUCGUCAAAAGAACCGUUUAUUACCAUAUGCAGAAUUUAUUCGUAAAUUGAGUCGUGCUAGGAGUGAACGGGGAGCAAGAAAAGUUUUGAGGCAAAAAGGUGAAGGAGUAGGAGUAUUUGCUGCUCUCCUCACUCCUAUUCUAAUGGAACUAGCUCGAGCAAUUAAUAUAAAAGCCUAUCAAAAUAAUUAA